AUGGGGCAGUUGGCUAUAGGAGGAAAACGCAUGGCAUCAUGGGGAGAAGCAAGUGAAUCACGUCUCAUCGGGAAACGGAUAACCCGUUUGUCCGGUAAGGAUAAAGUCACUGGAAAAGCGAAGUAUACUUUUGAUAUUAAUGAACCGGGGCUGCUUUACGGACGCAUUUUGCGUUCUGAAAUCGCACACGCAACCGUGAUGGGCAUUGACCUGAGCGAAGCAGAAGCAUUACCCGGGGUUAAGGCAGUUAUUCCGCUCAUUGAGGUUGGCAAUAAACUCCGGUACCAAGGGCAAGAAAUUGCCGCUGUUGCCGCUGAAACGGAUGACAUCGCUAAGGACGCACUCCGGCUCAUUCGUGUCGACUUAGAGGAAUUACCGCACGUCGUCACAGAAGCGGACGCGAUGGCAGAAGGGGCACCGCAAAUCCGAGAGGAUUGGGCGGGCAAUCAGAGCGAACCGAAUGUCAGAGAAGACGGCGACAUCAAUGCAGGGUUUGCUGAAGCCGCUGUUGAGGUCGAGGCUACCUAUCAUACGCCUGUUCAGACGCACGUUUGCUUGGAAACACACGGGCAUGUCGCAAAAUGGGAGGAUGAACAAAAUCUUACCGUUUGGGCAUCUACACAAGGUGUUUUUGGGGUUCGCAACGAUUUGGCGCAGCGCUUUGAAUUGCCCGCAAACCAGGUCAGGGUCAUUACGGAGCACAUGGGGGGCGGAUUUGGAAGCAAAUUCGGACCCGGCGUGGAAGGUCGCACGGCUGCUGAAUUGUCUCGUAUCACUGGCAAAGCAGUGAAACUAAUGCUGACCCGGAAAGCAGAGCAUCUUGUUGCUGGCAAUAGGCCUUCAAUGACACAGCACGUUCGCGCCGGCGCAACACGCGACGGGCGACUUAUCGCUUACGAUAUGAAGGGCCACGGCACAGGGGGCAUCUCCAGUGGCGCGGGUUUCCCGGCACCUUACGUCUACCACGUGCCAAACAGUCGAUCGGAACGGGUUAACGUGACUGUCAACGCCGGCAAUCAACGCGCGAUGCGCGCCCCUGGGCACCCGCAAGGUGCAUUCGCGAUGGAUUCUCUGAUGGAUGAGCUUGCCGAAAAACUCGGUAUGAACCCGUUGGAGUUUCGUCGUAUCAAUGAUCCGAAUGAAGUACGUCAGGCACAAUACACCCUCGGUGCACAAGAGAUAGGCUGGUAUCGUCGUAACAGCGUACCGGGUUCCGGCACAGGCGUGGAAAAGCGCGGCAUGGGACUUGGCAGUGGACAAUGGGGUGGCGGUGGCGGACGCGGCACUGAAGCGCGGAUCACUAUCAACGCAGACGGCACUGUUGAAGCCGUCACAGGCACACAGGACAUUGGAACUGGUGUCCGCACAGUUAUUGCGAUUAUUGUUGCCGAAGAAUUCGGUCUUGAGCCUACCGAUAUCCGUGUGAAGGUUGGCGAUAGCGGGCCCGGAUUGCCUUCUGGCGGCAGUGGUGGCAGUCAAACAACUCCGUCAGUGGCGCCUGUCAUCAAAACGGCAGCAGCGGCGGCGAAACAGAAAUUAUUUGAACGCAUCGCACCACUGCUUGAUGCACCGAUUGGUGAUCUCCGUGUCGGCACCGGCACUAUCUAUGCCGUCUCUGAUAGGACAAAGACAAUUACGUGGAAACAGGCAACCGGACAACUCGGCAUGGAGAGUAUUAACGAAGGUGGAACUUGGGAUGAGGACCUCCGUCAAGGUGGUGCCGCAGGUACCCAGUUCGCUGAAGUUGAAAUUGAUACGCAGACCGGGGCUGUCAAGGUUAUCAAAAUUGUUGCCGUUCAGGAUUGCGGAUUGGCGAUUAACAGGUUGACGACAGAAAGUCAGAUUAAUGGUGGUGUUAUCAUGGGAUUGGGUCAGGCACUGCUUGAAGAGCGUUUCAUGGACGCACAGACGGGUCGAAUGCUCAACGCCAAUCUUGAGGACUACAAGGUUCCUGGGACUUUCGAGAUCCCUGAAAUUAAAUCCAUUGUUUUCGAUACGCACCGCAAGGUUACAGGGAUCGGUGAACCACCAUGUAUUCCGACACCUGGUGCUAUUGCGAAUGCCGUUUACAAUGCGAUUGGCGUUCGGAUUCGGUCGUUACCGAUAACACCCGAUAAGGUCCUUGACGCACUCGCCGACAAGGCAUAA